AUCUUCACUCUCUCACUGCCCUCUCUGUGUGUGUGUGUGUGUGUGAUGAAGGAGGGAUGAGAGAGGAAGAGGAGAAGACAAAGCGACGAUGCGUCUGUGAGUGUGUGUCUGUGUGUGUGUGUGUGUGUGUGUGUGUGAGAGAGAGAGAGAGAGAGAGAGAGCACUGAAGACAUGACUUAACGAGAGAGUGAAGCUUCUGUGGAGGACAACUUUACACCGUGUGUGUGUGCGCGUGUGUGUAGAUGUUGGAUCAUGGAGAUGAAGAUCAGAGCUGGAUCUGUGCUCAUGUUACUGUGGAUUCUACAAGGUGACACACACAGAGUGGAGGUUCCCAGGGAGCAGAUGGAGGUGGUGAGAGGAGAGAAGGUGGUGUUUCACGCUUGGUACAGUCCGACCUCGGACUUCUCCAGAAACUCUGUCGUGUGGCAGUUCAUGGGAAACACGACGAAGCAGGUGAUAAACUUCAGCUCAGGUGAGGUGGGCCUGGGUCAGGACCAGUUUGCCUCCAGAGUGGGCUUCAGCGCCUCCAUGCCCUCCACAAACCUCUCCAUCUACAUCAACAACACGCACGAGUCCGACUCUGGACGCUACGUGUGCAGCGUCCUCAUCCCGAGGAACCCCGGCCUGACCGGAGAGAUUCACCUCAGCGUCAAAGUCCCCCCCUCCCCCCCAGUGUGCAGCAUGAGUGGAGACGCGGUGGUGAAGGGGAACGUGACUCUGACCUGUAAGUCCUCUCAUGGAAAACCUGUCCCUCAGUACAAAUGGACCAAAGCUGCUCCAGUGUCCGAGGUUUUCUUCUCACCGAUGCAGAGAUGGAGAUCCUGCCCUCAGCCCCUGCUCGUGCUCGGGUUCUUGGAUGAGAGGCAGGGAACACUCAGACUCACCAACUUAACCAAAAACAUGUCAGGAAAAUACGUUUGCACGUCCACGAACACGGCAGGUUCUGACAGCUGUUCCAUCAACCUGGACGUUCACACCUCGUCUAACGCGGCGCUGAUGGCAGCAGCAGCGACUCUGGGCUCGCUGGUCGGGCUCAUGGCCAUGGUUCUGUUCCUCGUCUUCAUCCUGAGACGAAGACGAGAGUCUGAGGACGACGACAUCGCUAAUGAGAUCAAGGAAGACGCUCUGGCGCCAAAGCGCGCGUCGUGGGCGAAGAGUAACACGGGCUCGGACUCCAUGUCCAAGAACGGGACGCUGUCCUCCGUCACCACCAGUCCUCGACCACAGGAUCCACAUCGGCCCAGUUUCCACUUCCAGUACUCGCCCGUCCCGACCUCGGACGGCUCGGUCGUCCACGCCUACCAGCUGCGACCCGGAGAAGCUAACGCGCUACAGGGACUUCCUGGUUACAACGCGGGAGCCACGCCCACACGCAAACACAAGCGUCCUCCGUGUUCUAACGGAGCUCUCAGGAGUCCGCUGAGGACUGAGCGCGCUCAGCCGCAGGUACCGCCCCCUCUCACCACCUCACCGCAGACAAGCUCCGCCUCUCUGACAGGUGUGGGAGUGGUCACUGUCGCGGCGCCUGCUCAGAGUCAAGCCGGGUCUCUGGUGUGACGGCAGAGACGAGACAGAGGGACAGACGGAGAGGACACAGAGGACAGAGGGACAUGACAUGAAAAAUUGUCUCAUCGAAGACGAGAAGUAAAUGGUGGUUUGUGUUCACUUAAAGGUCCAGUCUGUAAUAAUGAAGUCAUUUCCUCAGUAAAAUGAGCAGAUCGCCCCCCUGUGGCAGGAAAUGUCACAUGACAUGAAUAUGUGUUUUUGCACUUAAGGCACAACCUUUGCCUUAAGUGCAAAAUGUAAAAAAAGACCUUAACUAAGGCAAAAUCAACCAAACACUUAUUUAUUUAUUUAUUUAUUAAUUACAAUUCAUUAUUCAUAAACCCUCACAAAUGUUACGCACUGGACCUUUAACAUUCACAAAGAUAAGUGAUUCAAAUGUUCAUUUAUAAUCUAGUUAAAGAGAGUUAAAGUUUGUGUUAAACUGUGUUAAAGGAUGUUAAUGUAAAUGUUAACGAACGCUUCAGUGAACGUAGAGUUUGUAAAGUUUGAAUCAAAGUUUAUUCAUAUAUUUCUAUUUAUUUAAAAAUGACUUGUUUCUUUUAAUUCAGUUGCAGCAGACUGAGGCGCAGUGCUGCCCUCUACAGGUCAAAGUCCUCAAUCACACUUUAACCAUUAUACACUCCGACAAACUCAGUUUCUAAUGUUUUAAACCGUUAAUCCUCGUCAUACAUCAAAUAUGUGACGUUUUUAACCCUUAAACUGCCAUGUUUUGUCCUGACGAGUGAGUGUGAGAACAUUUAAGACUAAAAGUAAUGACAUGUGAUGUAACGUGAUGUAAAAACAAGAAUGAGUCGGGAAAAUAUUGUAGAAAUUAAAAUUUAAAAACAGAAAAAUGUGUCCGUGUUUAAAAGUUCAGACAGAAGUUUUAUUUCUGUGACUGUUUUUAUUAAGUUUAAUUUUGAUCAGAUUAAAACGGUUUCAUUGUUUCAGAGAAAGAAUGUGAUGAUGAUGAUGAUGAUGAUGUAGCAGUGGAUUAUUUUCAUGUUCUAAU